AUGAAGACUCUAUUCGGGAAGACAGGUGGCCAGCGGUCCAGAGCUGAUGCAGGCCACGCUGGUGUACCUGCAAGCGUGAUGAAGAAAAGGACGUCCCACAAAAAGCAUCGCAGCAGCGCACCUGUUUCCCCGCCUCCGCGGAGCAUCAUAGGCUGCAGGAUUCGGCAUGGGUGGAAAGAGGGGAAUAGCCCUGUCACCCAGUGGAAAGGAACCGUUCUGGACCAGGUGCCUGUAAAUCCUUCUUUGUAUCUUAUAAAAUACGAUGGAUUUGACUGUGUUUAUGGACUCGAACUUAAUAAAGAUGAAAGAAUUUCUGCACUUGAAGUCCUCCCUGAUAGAGUUGCAACCUCUCAAAUCAGUGAUGCACACCUAGCUGACUCAAUGAUUGGCAAAGCCGUGAAGCACGUGUUUGAGACCGAGGAUGGCUCUAAAGAUGAGUGGAGAGGAAUGGUUCUAGCACGGGUCCCUAUAAUGAGCACGUGGUUUUACAUCACCUAUGAGAAAGAUCCUGUCCUGUAUACCUACCAGCUCUUAGAUGAUUAUAAAGAAGGUGACCUUCACAUUAUGCCUGAUUCUAUUGGUUCACCUCCAGCAGAAAGGGAACGAGGAGCGGUUGUGGACAGGCUGGUGGGCAAACAAGUGGAAUAUGCCAAAGAAGAUGGCUCUAAGAGGACUGGCAUGGUCAUCCAUCAAGUAGAGGCCAAACCGUCUAUCUGUUUCAUCAAAUUUGACGACGAUUUCCAUAUUUACGUCUACGAUUUGGUGAAAACAUCCUAG